AUGGUAGUAGGUUUGGGAUCAUGGUCGUAUGAUUCCAGGAUUGACUGUCAUAAUUUUGGAUUUAAUAAUUAUUAUACCUGUCAUUGUUUAAGUAAUGAAAAGUGUAAUAUUAAAAAUGGUGGCUGUAGAAGUGGAUGUUCAAGAGGCUGGAGAGGACCUUCUUGUCAACAAGAAAACAGAGCUUUAGAUUCUACGUCUGUCAAUCAAAGUGGAAUAUAUAACAAUAAACCAAGUCUAUAUGGUCCUCUACUAGUUGUAGAUGGAUAUAACGAUACCAAUAGAAACAUACAUUACUGUAGUGACACUGAGACUGAUACCUCAACUUGGCAGUGGUGGUCUAUAGAUUUACAAGAAGAAUAUCCUAUAGGAUAUUUAAAGAUCUUUCACAGAUAUGAUCGAUUGUAUGUUUUUAAAGGGUUUUCGGUACAUAUUGAUAAUGAAUUAUGCUUUCGACAUACCGGAUCAUCAAACCCUCCUGCUGUAUUCCCAAUAGAAUGUAGAAAAACUUUAACUGGUCGUCAUGUUAAUAUCAGCCGUGAUACUGAUACACUUCGAUAUAUCGCUUUAUGUGAAGUUGAAAUAUACG